AUGACCUCAAGGUACCUGCCUUUGGCCAAUGCCCCUCAGGGAGCCCCAGCAUCUUCCCCCGGCCACGGAUACCCGCUUAGUCCGAGUCUGAUGAGCGGCGAGGCCCACAGAAGAGAUAGCGACGAGCUGCUCAAGGUUCCCGGAACAGGAAUCAACUACAACUCGCUUGUCAGCUACACGGUGUCGCCAGCCAGCCGGCGCCGCAGACGCCUGGACUACAAGAUGGUGGGCACAGAUUCCGGAUUGGCCAAGCAUACGUGCCAGACUUGUGGCAAGACCUUCCCCAAGCCAUACAACCUCAAGCUGCACAUGAAGACCCAUUCCACCGAGAGACCUUACAAGUGCCUGAUGUGCCCCAAGCUGUUUGCCCGUUCCCACGACCGCAAGCGCCACGAGCAUCUCCACCAAGGCGUCAAGAACUUCAAGUGUGAGGGUUUCCUUAAGGACGGCACUACGAAAUGGGGGUGUGGAAAAACGUUUGCACGUCUGGAUGCCUUGGCUCGCCAUUUCCGGACUGAAACAGGCUGGCUCUGUAUCAAGCCGUUGAUGGACGAGGCCAAGGAUGUGGAACUGGGCCGUUUACAAGCCGAACACCCGCUGUACUUUCAGCAUUCGAUUGCGCUCCCGCCGCUUCGCCAGCAGUGA